UUCGAGGCCAGCGCGCGUGUUCGACAAGGCUACCCACUGCAUGGGAAGCUUAUCGACACAACAAUCUUGGAGGGCAUCAUUCUUGUCAAUCCAAGCAAAAAAGGCACAGUAUGGCGGACACAGCGCUGCAGGAACGCCUGCGCGACCAUGCAAAGGCCUUUGACGGCCUCCUCUCUCUGAUUCCGGCCAAGAUGUACUACGGGGAGGACACAAGUGAUCAAUGGAGGAAAAAAAAGCAGACUAAGGACCAAGCCAGGGCCGCAAAGAGGGGAAAGCUUGACCCAGACAGCGAACUCAACCGCAACGCGAAGGAGGUUCUGGAUGAACGAGCACGGAACAAGCGCAAACUGCGCGAGAUGGAAUCUGAGGACGAGAGCGGAUCUGGAUCUGAUCAAGACGAUGAUGACGACAGCGACAUCCCUGGCAUUGAAAAGGAGAAGCCCGGAGAGGGGCUGAAGAAGAAGAAGCUGAAAUUAGACGAAGAGGAGAAAGAUGAUGAGAGUGUUAAAAAGGCAAAUGGCGAGGUGCCAAACAGGGAGAAGGCUGUCGAGGAACCGGAGCAGCAAGCUGGCGAGUCGACUCUCAGUAAACGACAGAAGGCCAAGGAGGAGAAGAAGGUGGCAAAGAAGCAGAAACAGGAGGAAGCCAAGAGGGUGAAAGAGGAGGAAGCCAAAAAGAUGAAAGAGGAGAACUCCAAGAAGGGAGCCAAGCCCGAGAAGGCGGAGAAAACCAGAAAAGCCGAGACCGAGCCUGCCGAAGAGGUCGAGCACAGCGAAAAGCCCGCAGGCGACCAAGACGAAGAACCCGCGCAAGACUCCGCUGAAGCCGCCAGCGAUGACGUGGACAUGGCACCCAUCGACAUAUCUGGUCUCGGAAACGAGAAUGAAGACACUUCGGCAGAUUCUGCGCCGGAUUCUCCUGUCUUUGAUACACCCAAGAACGCUUCCGCCGAACCUGCCAGCACCACGACCUCAAUAUCCUCAGCAGUUCCGCCGUCAGAAAAACCCAAAUACCUCAAGAUCCCCGCCGACACCACGGCGCUUCGCGCUCGCCUAGAGGCCAAGUUGAUCGCCCUGCGUGCUGCCCGCAAGGCCGCCGACUCCGAAGGCAAACCAAUCCGGACAAGGCAAGACUUGAUUGAAGCCCGGCGGCAGAAGCAGGCACAACGCAAGGCGCACAAGCAGGAGAUGCGCCGGUUGGCCAAGGAGGAGGAAGAGCGGAAACGGGAGCAAGCCCUGAACAGCGCACGCAACUCCCCCGGCCUCAGCCCGCUCUUCGAACAAGAAGAUGACCGCAACGCAAACCACUUUGCCUUCGGCCGCCUUGCUUUCUCCGAUGGGACGCAGCUAUCGCACGACUUGAGCUACGAGAAGACUCCUGGCAGCGCUAAGAAGAAGGGACCCUCCGACCCUAAGACGGCGCUGCUCAAGCUGGAGGCGCAGAAGAAGCGCAUCGCGAACAUGGACGAGAAUAAGCGCAAGGAGGUGCUCGAGAAAGAGACGUGGCUGGCGGCGCGAAGGCGGGCCGAGGGCGAGAAGGUGCAUGACAACGAGUCGCUGCUCAAGAAGGCGCUCAAGCGCAAGGAAAAGGCCAAGAAGAAGUCGGAGCGCGAGUGGAAGGAGCGCACCGAGAGCGUCAAGGCGGCCAUCCAAGAGCGCCAGCGCAAGCGCGAGGAGAACAUCCGCAAGCGCCGUGAAGAGAAACUUGCCCGCAAGGCUGGCAAGAAGAACAAAGGCGUGCAGACCAGGAAGAAGAAUCGUCCUGGGUUCGAGGGUGGUUUUGGCGGGGGCAGGAAGUGAAGAGAGGAGUACUGAAAGGUAGCAGUUCGGGCGGUGGGUCUCUGCUUCGUAUGUUACGGUGUUGUGGCGUUCUUUGUGCACGGGAUGCAUCGUAAGUAACUGUGCUUGGGCUUGAUUCAUGUACCUAGGUUUGUUGGGCGGCAUAUGCUAUCCUUGGAGUCAAGGUAGUUAGGAAAAUAUCCCUCUGUGGGCUGAUUAUGAGCAGUAGUAGUCAUUCACACAGAGAUGCAGCAUCCAUAUCACCAUGUUUAUUGAG